UUCCACUCCACUCAAUAAUUUUUUAAGCUCAUGCUGCAGCACACAAAAAACACACAAGCAACACUCACUCACUAGUCACUGCUGCUUGCUCUUCGUGAUCAGCUACAGCCAGUGGGGUCGUUUUCAUGAAAUGUUCAGCCAAGCCAAGCCAGCCAUUCUUCUUUUGUUCUCUUCCCUAACUCCAACUCUCCCAAAGAAUCUCCUCUCUCUCUCCCCUGCACCACAUUUUGUUUUCUUUUUCCUUCUCUUCCACUUGCUUGCUGGUGUGGGUGGAGUGGUGUCAACUAUAUUAUAUAUAUACAUACUUUUGUAUUCAUACAUCAAUGGUGGAAAGAAGAAUCAUGUCUUCUCUCAUUACCAUAAUCAAGUUGUUGCUGUUUCUUGUCUGUCUGCUGCAAAGCUUCAGCUCUAGCAAUGGUGGUGUUUUUGUGGGGAAGAGAGUUUCUCUCCUCGACCUGUUGGAAGAACACAACCAGUGGAAACAGCUGCUAGAGAAGAGCACCUUCCAUGACUCUGCUGCUGCUGCUUCUUCAAGCUCAUGCCUUCCCCAGAAAUCAAGACAGGAAGAGGGGGCAACCAUCCUGGAAAUGAAGCACAGAGGAUCCUGCUCGCCCGCAGGAAAACCAGCCACAAUCCAAGACUUGAGCAAGAAGCUGAAACGGACCCUAAUGCUAGACAAUAUCAGAGUCCAAUCAAUCCAGUCUCGAAUCAAAAAGGAUACCUCUCUUGUCAAACAAGACAACUCGGUGUCAACAACAACAACAACAACUCAGAUUCCAUUGGCUUCAGGAAUAAAGCUGCAAACCCUCAACUAUAUAGUUACAGUACAGCUGGGAGGGAAACAGCUUACAGUGAUAAUGGACACUGGAAGUGACUUGACAUGGGUUCAAUGCCAGCCAUGCAGGUUCUGUUACAACCAGAAGGAUCCUCUCUUCGACCCUUCCAUCUCUCCUUCUUUCCGCAGAAUCCCCUGCAAUUCAUCAGCUUGUGACUCCCUUCAGUUCGCAACUGGCAACUCGGGUGCCUGUGCCAGCAACCAGCAAACCUGCAACUAUUACGUUAGCUACGGGGAUGGGUCCUACACAAGAGGCGAUCUAGCCACUGAACAGCUUAACUUGGGAGGUGAAACCGAACCAGUCCAUAAUUUCGUGUUCGGUUGUGGAAGGUACAAUAAGGGCUUAUUUGGAGGAGCUUCAGGUUUAAUGGGGUUGGGAAGGAGUGAGCUUUCUUUGGUGUCUCAAUCUAAAUCCAUGUACGGAGGUGUUUUCUCCUACUGCUUGCCCACAACAGCACCUGAUGCUACUGGCUCAUUAGCAUUUGGUCCCAAUACUUCAGUUUACAGCAACUUCACCCCAAUUUCUUACACCAGAAUGGUCAAUAAUCCCCAGCUCCCAACUUUCUACUUCCUCAACCUUACCGGGUUUUCGAUAGGUGGGAAGGAUCUCCCUCAGGCCUCUGGAUUUGGAACUGGAAUUCUGAUUGAUUCUGGAACAGUCAUAACGAGGCUUCCUCCAUCGACUUACAGCACUGUGAAGGCAGAGUUUCUGAGGCAAUUCUCCGGGGUUCCAACUGCUCCAGGUUUUUCGAUACUGGACACUUGCUUCAACCUGACGGGGUAUCAGGAGAUUGAUGUCCCUACCAUUAGCAUCAACUUUGAAGGGAAUGUGAAGCUGCAAGUUGACCUGACAGGGGUUUUCUAUUUUGUGAAAGCGGAUGCUUCUCAGGUGUGUCUGGCAAUCGCGAGCCUGGCUUAUGAAGAUGAGAUUGGGAUAGUAGGGAACUAUCAGCAGAGAAACCAGAGGGUUGUCUAUGAUACAAAAGAGUCAAUGGUGGGAUUUGCAGCAGAAGCUUGCAGUUUCAACUAAUGCGAGGGAGAAAAUGUUUUAGAAUGCUUAUUGGUUACUUAUGUGGGAUGUCAAGUGGUCAGGUGUGGGUCUGUGAAUAUGCAUUUAUUUCUUCUUAUAGAAUGCAAUGCCAAUUAGUUUGCUUCAAUUGGCAAAGAAAUUCAUCAAGCAAGUUGCUUUUCCACCCUCUUUCGGCCAGUCUGUUUCAUGAUUUCCAUGUAAUCUGUCAAUAUGUGAUAGCUCAGUACAGGAGCAGUAGUAAUCUGAAAACAGAAUAGUAACUUCCAUGUUUCUUGUUAGUCAAGUGUAUUGAUGAAGUACAGUACAAGAGCAGUAGUAAUCUGGAACCCAAAAGGUGUACAAGUUACAACAGGAACCAAAAUAUCAAGUGCCAAGAUUUUUUGCAGGGUUCCCAGCUCUAUAUUCACUAAUGCAGCUAAAGUCUGUACGGAACAUUCUCCCUGCUAGGCAACAAUAAAGUUGAAUACAAAUGUAUGAUAAAACUAUGUCAUUGCCCAAGUUGAUUAAUCUGUGUACCAAACUGGAAGAUGCUGAGUAAAUGGUGAUUUGGGUCAUACCAUAGGGUUCCAGCUUCAGUGUCUGGCAUCC